GAGGCUUCAAGAAUCGCCAAGACGCCCCCAAGAGGCCACACAUAUGUUCAAGUCAUUCUGGCGCAGGCGUGAUUCAUCACUUUCGCAGGCGCGCGCGCGUGCACUUCAUUUUCAUUCGAUAAAGUAUCGAUGACUUCCAUGAUGAACUUCGGCAUGGGGCUCGUCAGUGUUGCGUCGUCUAUGGCACUAUACGCAGGCGCCCCAGCAAGCGAUCAGGGUGGGAUCGCCCCAGAUUUUCAAGUAUUCGGCUCGUUUGAGCUCAGCCACGUCGACGUUCACUUGAUGCAGCAGCGAGUCAGCGAGGAACCUUCCCCACUACCCCCCGAUGUCGUGCAGAGUGAACUUUCCCCACUGCCCCCUGUCGUCUACGAGGAAGUGGACGACCGUGCAGGCCACUUGCAUGUUGUAAUAGAGUUCGACAAUAGCACAGCACAGUCACGCCAGGCGCAAAACCCAUACACUGUGUAUGGUUCCUCAGGCCACUGCUCGCUUUGCGGCAGAUCAGGGUACAAUUGCCUCAGACCAAGCCAAGGCGGUGGGCCAAUGUGAAUUUUGGUGGCGUCAACUUGGGCACGGUCACCAAGUGGACAGCGACGGCAUACGGAGCUAAGUGCGGCACUGGGACUCUAACAUUGACGUUGUCAGGCACGACCGCCUCAGGAUAUUGUGGUUAUCCAACGAGUUGCAGUUGCGGCGAGUGCCUCGCGUGUACCGCCUCGAGCGCAACUUACCCGAGUGGUAUCUCGAACUGGAAUUGGGGUAGCAACUCCAUCAGUCCCACCUGGGAUAACACGAGCCCCUACUGUACUUCCAGGUUGGAGAUUUACAUUGAGUACACCACGCAGGCGACGCCCAACCCGACUCCCAGCCCGACGCCCAACCCGACGCCCAACCCGACGCCCAACCCGACGCCCAAUCCAACAACUUCUCCCACGCCGUCUCCGACACCAUCCCCAACGUGGUUUCCGACGCUUUCCCCAACGCCGGUGCCCGCUCCAGGCAUGGUUACCGAAACCACCGUGCUAGGCUCCAUGUCCUUGUCUUGCUCGGCGGGUGAGUCGGAGACUAAAGCUGUCGUGAAGCCAGUUCUGAUGCAGGAGAUGAACAUAUCCGCCAAGUCGAUGCUGAAUGUGCAGGUUCACCAAACAGCGCGGCGGUCGGUGAGCGGGACCGCCCUUGGCUCUUUCAACAUAACUUACUCUGCUGAGACGACUGACCCGGAGAAGGCGGCCGAGUUGGCGACAUCCGCGAACAGCAUGGCUGCAGACCCGACAUCGUUAGUGGGCUCGCUCACUACCGCCUUCGCCGACGCGGGCAUCACUUUCGACGCGUCGUCAGUGGUGGUUAGCCCACCUUCGACGAGUCAUGUCGCGAUAGCAGCUGCAACUGGUGACCCCCACCUCGUGAACAUAUACGGGCAACGUUUCGACAUCAUGCAGGCCGGGACUUACGUGCUCAUCCAAGUCCCCAGAGGUUCGGUCGCAAAGCGGUCGCUGCUGGCCGUCGAAGCCCGUGCGGAGCGGUUUGGUCAUGCAUGUUCUGACUUGUAUUUCAAGUCCCUGAACUUGACCGGCGCGUGGGUUGACACAUUGAGCCCUGGGGGCUUUCGAUUUUCCGCCAGUGUUCCAAACACGCACGUCGGGGCAGGGUGGUUGCAUAUCAGGCAUGUCGAUGUCAAGGUGCGCUGGGGCCACACCGCCGAGGGUGUCGAAUACCUCAACGUGUUCGUUCGACACUUGGGCAGGGCGGGCUUGCCUGUUGGUGGGCUACUUGGCGAUGGUGACCACUCCAAGGCGGCCACUCCGAGCCCACACUGCCGUCGCAGCCUGUCUUUGUAAUAGCCACUGCCAGCCCCACAUUUGUGGCUUCUGCAUGGUUCUCUUGGCAUGAAGUCUUGGUGGCGCGACCGCGUCCUUUGAUUGAUUGGUACGUCGGCUCGGAUUGAGUUGCACGUGGCAGAACCCAUUGCCGACCAGACUGCCAUGUAACAGAGUGUGGCCCCAAUUCUCCAGCGACUCAUCUGACGCAUGAGCUUGUUUUACAAUCGCCUGGCUGUUGGCCAGAUGUGAAAGCAGUGCAAACAGAUCUCGAGGGUUGCUCGAGCUUCUUUCUUUCAUAGACCUCGCACUGAACCAAAAAAAACACCGAACGUCCCA